AUGGAAAUAUGUGAUUUAUUUAAAGAGACUGUAAACAUAUAUUGUUUAAAUUAGCUUCAAGAACAGGAUGAUACUAAAAGAUAAACUCUAAUGUUUAGUGUAUGCAGAAAAUUAAGUAGAAUAUUGCCUUUUCCUUCUGUUAUCUCAGUGUUGUAAUAAAAGCCAAAUAUUUUGAAAUAUUUACUGAUCGCCAGUCAAUUAUAUGAAAAUAGUGUAUCAAUAAUAUGAUUCUAGGCCUUGCUAUUAUUUUAUGCUUUAUAAGAUAGAUAUUGGGAAGAAAAGGAUUACGUCAAACUGUAUUUUGAUUGUGUUAUCAAAUGUCUGAUUAAUUAGGAGAGUAAUGUACUAAUUAUUGACAUUUUUAGUAUAUUGUCAAACGGUGAUUUAUAAUGAAACCAAGCUUAGGUGGUUUCUUCUGGAAAACUCUAAAAUUUUUAUUAAUAAAAUCUAACAGUCCUUUUUUGAUAAUGAAAAUGUUUGUUAAUAGGUUAAUAACUUUUUUAAGAGUUUCAUUAAAUACAAUUCUAAUUUUGAUAUGCUCAAUUCAUGUUUUCAAUUUGCCUUAGAAAAGAGAAAUACUUGGAUAUUAUUAAGAGAUUUAGAUCUAUAAUUUGAAAUCGAUGUUGAAGAUUGUAUCAAAUUAAAUUAAUUAAGAAUUGGUUGCAUUGAGUUAAGUGAUGAGUACAAAAAAUUUAGAUUUUAUAAGUGAGAAGAUAGAGUAAAAAAGAGAAGAAGCAUCAAAUUAUGGAUUAACAAAAAAAUAAAUGAAAUAAUAGAUGUUAGAAGAAUGGUUAUUUCAACCAAGUGAAGUCCCAUUAUUGGUAGCUAAUCAUGCUACUGUUGAUUAAUUGAGUAGUGAAGUUUUUAAAUCUAAUAUGCUCUUAGACUUGUUUCUAUCAUUUAUAUUGUUUCCUACAAAAAAUCCUUAAGUUGUUCCUAAUGUAAUAACGAAUCUUAUUUUAGAAAUUAUACAAUAUUGAUGUAGAUUUAAAUCCUCCAGAUCCUCCUUCAUUUAGAUAAUUAAAUGUUAAUGUUUCUUAAGAAAGAAGACCACUUAUCUAAUUUAGAGCUUUUAGAACUAUGCAAGUCAUAACUGAUAACAGAAAUAAUUUUUUAUUAACUAGAACUAAUAAAGAAUAUUAUUAAAGAGCUUAUUCAAUGAUUUAUGAAUGUUUAAAAUAGGAUUUAGUAGCAAUCACGAUUUGUCCAGAAAUUAUUGUAUAAUAUCUAUCAUUCCUUUUGUAUUAAGAGCCUGAAAUUUCAAUUUUCUUUCUAAUUUUUUAUAACAUUCCUUACAGAUUAAUGCUAUUUUUAGAUAUUCCAGAAAUUUCAUAAUUUUUUUCAUAACUCAUAAACUUUGUUUAAACUCCUUAUAACAAAGUUAAUAGGGAUUCGAAUCGGUUGAUUUGGAAAUAUUUCUAAAUUUCCGAUUUUUUUUCUGAUUUACUUAAUAUGACUAUAUUUGAUUAAAAAACAAUAGAUGAUGUUAUCACUUAAAAAUCAAAUGAAUAUUAUAGACCUAAAAAUCUAGAUGAGAUUUUAAAAAGACCAGAUUUUACACCUUUAUAGGUAGAAAAACAAUUUCCAUAACCAGAAUAAAAGAAGGUUGCAGAAGAAAUUGAUGAAUUGGAUUAAGAUCUUGAUUAAAUUUUUAAUUAUCUUCCUCAUAAAUGUUAAAAGACUGUUAAAAUCUUUGAAAGAAUGAUUGAUUAAGCACAGAAGAAAAAAGAAAGUAAAGCAAAAUAAAGAAUGUCUUUAAUAGCCACUCCACCUUAAUUUUUAUAAACAAAAAAUCUUAAAAUAGAAGAAUAAAUUCCUAUUACAUUCAGUCCUACUAGAAGAAGAACAAUAUUAGCACCAAGAUUAGCCUCCAUGCUUGAAGGAGGACUUAAAAAAUCAUUAGUUGUUAAUCCUGUUCAAUUUGAUAAUAUACCUUAAUCUACAACUAAUAGUACUACUAGAAGUCAAUUAUAAGCACUCACAAAUCCAAAUAAUUUGUUUGGAGUAUUGACUGAAUAAAUUUAAUUGGUCAACAAAAAGAGUUCUUAAGAAUUGAUUCAAAAACCUAUGUAUUAAAGAAUGUUAGUGAAAAAACCAACUUAAAUCAUAAUACUUCAUAGUAGGUCUUUGUCAAAUUAAAAACGAUUAAGUUAACAAUCUUCUCAAAUCAAUAUUACUGAAUCUCUGAAUAAAUCAAGAAUCUAAAACUCUAUCAUUUUAAAUAAAUUUACUCAUUUAGUUGGAUCUAUCAAAUGUUAUGAUAUUGAAAAAGAAUUUUGUAUCUAUCCACCAGAGUUAAAGGAUUAAUAAAUUGAUGAUUUUGAGAAGCUGGCAUUUGAUGAAGAAUUCCGAAGACUUUCAUAAAAAAAUGAGAAUUACACUAAAGGAGCCCUUUAAUGCCUUUAUGAUAUCUUACAUACAAUCUUCACUUAAAGGAAGUGUAUUUUAUAAAAUAAUCAUCAUUUUGAAAAUCCAGAAUUCUAUCUAAAUAUCUUAAUGGGAGAAAAUAAAUCUUAUUUCAUAAAUAUCAUUGCCAAGAAUUAUUUAUUGAAAUAGAAAGUAGAGGAAGACUUAUUAUGUACAUUCAUGGUAGCAGGUAGAAUUUAUAAUUUGAUUUUAUCUUAGUACAAUCUUAAAAAAAUAUCUCUUAAUUUCCAUGAACAUUUAAUCUCGGUAUGUAAGAUUCUUUUAACCCAGCUUCUGAUAUCAAAGCUAUCUAUUAGAACAAUUACAUUAUUAGAAAGUGUAGCUUUAAUUUUAGAAAACACAAAAUAAUAAUUACUAACUUAUAUUCCCAUUUCUUUUUGGCAUUUAUUGAUUGAAUCUUAUUCAAUUCAUUAUUCUAAUCAAAUUUUUAUUAAUUAUUUUAGAAGAAUUUUAAUAACUACUUUUAUCUAUGGAAAUCUAGUAAUUUAUCAUAGAAUUUUAUUAAAAAUCAAUUUUCUCUCUUAUUUUAAAGACAAUCCAGAUUAAAUUAAAUUAAUUUUUCUGGUAUUAUAUAUGAUGUUUAAAUUAAGAUAAGAUGGGUUAAAGAAGUUAAAGAAAUAAAUUUCAUUAUUAUCUUCUUGGAAUGCUUUAACAGAUUUCUUCAAAAAGUAAGUUAAUUUAUUAAUUAUUUUUAGAGAUUUAUAAAGCCUUGAAUAAUAAAAAUUUUAAGAAUAUAUAAAGGGGCUUCGAAGUGAAGAUAUUACUCAUAUAUAAAUACUGACUGAAAACAAAGGUUCAAUAAAGAAUAAAUUUUAUAAACCUUGA